UUGUCCGGUUGCAGAGGUGACUUUCUAUAGGGUACUGGGCCCAGCCGCAGCUGGCAGCCCCCCGGCUUGGUGCUGCUGCCCUGGGUCUGAGCUGGGGGCCUGCAGCAUGAGGCUAAGGGCUGCUGGGCUGGGACCCCGUCGCUCCUGGCCUGCAGGAGGCUGGAGUCCCGCAGCUGGUUCAGAGAGGAGACAGCAGCCUUGGACCUUUGGGGCUCUGCUUAUUUAGCAGCUUGAGCCCUGUUUUCUCUCACUCCCGGGUACAGCGGUGCCGCUGGCAUAUAGUGCCCCUCCCUGGGCCUUGCUGGGUGCUAACAGAUGCUGUCCCUGCAGAACUCCUGGGACCCUGCAACCAGCCUUUGCUGUCCCCCAUAUGAGUCACUGGGCCUGACACUGAAAUGCAGCCACUUCUGGGGUGGGAUGUGGCAGCUAUUUUAACCCUCCCCAAAGACCCCGGGGGGGGGCGGGAAAUACUAUUAAUUGAGUCUUCCUGUGUUUUUAUCCUAUGGAUCACUCUCAGAAAUAUGGACUUCCAGGGUCCCAAUCCUGGCAGCGUCCCUUGGCGGGGGGGGGCAUCAUUUCUGGGGCGCUGUUAGGUUGGGUACAUGCCACAUCUUUCAGGCUGUGCCCAAUCCCAAAGGCAGAGCCGGCCUCCCAUCCCAGGCCCCUCGCCUCGGCAUUUGGGCAGAGAGAGCUGCAGGCCGCAUGAGUGUCCCGGCUUCCCACCUCUGAGCUCCCUGUCUCCCAGCCCCUCAGUUUGCAUUUUGAGCCCCAGAGCUAGCGAGAGAAUCCCGCCCCGGGAGCCUGGGGUAAACCCUGCCUCUCCUGCUGCUGCCCAGCCUCAGGCGGCUCGGAUGGACCUGACUGGCUCACGGUGGGGGCCAGUUUCGGAGGUUUCUGGUGCAUUUCACAGCAGAAACGCUGCUGAGCUGUGGCCCUCGGGAGGCAGCUGCUGGGCUCGCUGGGGAGCCCCUGUCCUCCCGCGCUUGGACCCCGCAGCACCAGGGCGGCUCCCUGAGGCCACUCAAGUGACACCUUCCCAUUGCGGGAGAAGACACGGCCCCUACAUUGUCUGGGCACCUCUUUAGCUCACCUAGGGGAGGGACAGGGGCCAGGAUCCCAGGUCUAACCCUAGCUCUGGGCUCGGUGGACUAGUGGUUAGAGCAGGGGGCUGGAGCCAGGAUUCCUGGGUUCUCUCCGCAGCUCUGACUCACUGUGUGCUGUCUGACUAAGCCCCUUCUCCAUCUGUGUCCCCAUCUGUAGCCUGGGGGUACCAGUGAGUGUCCCUGUGCCCGGGACUCAGCGCUGCCCUGUGCCUAGGAGCUGAGCCCGCCAGGCACAGGCCUGAGCUCAGACCUCGGCAGGGAGGAGCCAGGUCUCUGCAGGGCCCCCUAGGCCCUGCCCCGUGGGCCAUGGGGGCUGUUCACCCUGUUGAGGCCGGCACUGAGGCGGGGCCCUCCUUCCGUUCUUCCAGGUGUGGGCUAGUAUUGGCCGCGGCGAACUCACAGCUGCGGAGGACGGAGCCGCCGACACUUCCAGGGCAAGGGAGCCCGGCCAUGAGUGCAGGAGGGCAGCGUGCGCGCACUUAACGCCAGCAUGUUCGCAGCCAUGAGCAGGUACCCGAGUGAGGCCGGGGCACAAUGAAUGGUGGUGAUGAGCCCGCUGGUGGAGAUCCAGGUGGGUGCCCGGUGGCUGUGCCUGUGGGCUGGCAGCGGAAGGUGGAGGAGGGCGCCGUGCGCUAUAUCAGUCCUAGUGGCACGAAUCUCACCUCGCUGGAGCAGACCCGCGCCUACCUCCUGACAGACGGCACCUGCAAGUGCGGCCUGGAGUGUCCGCUCAACGUGCGCAGGGGGACCGGGCUGAGCCAGACGUACCACUCGGCAUCGCCAGACCGCCAGCAGCCAGCGCCUUUUGGGAGGUUGCCUGGUGUCGGAGGGCAGCCGGUCCACAAGCCCCAGCCCGUGGAGAAGGCCCCAGCGGAUCCCUGCCUGGCCUGCCCCGGAGACCGUCCACCAGCACCCGGCCAGCCAGCAUCGUCCUGCCCACGUUCACCACAGCGCCCUCUUCAGGGGACGUCUUCCCGGCAGGACGCCCUGCGUCAGCUCUCAACGCUGGCCAGCUCUGCUUGGUUGCCCGUCAGGCCUGACCAAGCCUACGUGGUAUUAGUGGCCAAGCGAGUUUUACAUUCAAACCGGUGGCCAUGGGGUGGUCCCGCCGGGGGGGGCCGGGGCGGGGUGACAGGCAUUAACAAGCUGUGCAACGACCGCGGAAACUGUCGCAUGGCCAUCUUGUACCGCAGCAGGAGAACGCCGCCGGCCUGCCGCACCCGGGCCCAGCCCGGGCGCCCGGCCUUCCCCCUGCAGAGCUUUGGCCUGGAGCCCCUGGACGCGGCCCCCCGGCCCUUCCCCCUCGGCUCCCCCGCCAGCCUCCCCUUCCCCCCACCGGACGAGAUGGUGCCAUCUGCUGCCCCCAGCCCACUGGGGAAGCCUCCGGUCCCCGCCACGCUGCCCCCUGAGGGGGCCCCCGCCUGGAGCAGCCGCACCUGCCCACUGCCCGCAGGCGCCUCCCUCGGCAGGCUGGCAGCCUCCACCACGCUCUCCUCCGUCUCAUCGCCAGGGGGCAGCGCCGAGUUGUCCCCCCAGUGCUCCCGCCCCUCCUCCACCUCCUCCGAGCCUGGGGGGCCCCCGCUGGCUCCCCAGCCCCCUGCAGGGCCCCCCCAGCCCUGCAAGGACGAGGCGCCCCCCAGCAAUGCCUUAGCCAACCAAAGCAGCAAUAACCCACCAGUGCCCUUAGGCGCCAUGCCCGAGGGCAAGGGGCCACCUGGCUUCCUGGGCCUGCCCCUGAGCCAGCUGCUUCAGCAGCCGGGUGCCCCCUCCUUCCCUGCCAGCAGCCUGCUGAGCGCAGCUGCCAAGGCCCAGCUGGCCAGCCAGCAGCGCGCUGACGAGCCCCCCUCUAGCACUUUACCCGGGCGCCUGCUGGGCUCCAACGUGCUGCUCUCCGUGGUGGGCGGGCGGGCGCUGCCCAAGCCCCGGCGCCAGCGCCGCGCACCCACCGUGCUGCGCCUGCUGAAGGACUCGCAGCAGGGCCCUGCCGGGCCAGAGGAGGCCCCCGCCCACCGGGCCUGGCCCAGAGAGCAGCCCCCUCGGCCGCCCCCGGGGGGCGCCCCACCACCCGGAGAGGCCAAGGGCAGCCCCCUGGCCCCUCUCGCCCCCAGCCAGCCGCUGUCGUCCCUGCUGAGCCUGCUGGGCACCCAGCCCCCUGGCCUGCCCCCGUUGCCCCUGGGUGACAGCCCCCCCAGCCUCCUGCCCUCCUUCCAGGACUUCAACAGCCAGCUCCUCAGCCUCUUCAGCCAGCUGGCCUCCGCCUCCUCUGACCUGGCCUCAGGGAGCACCCCCCAGCCGAAAGCGCCCGCCCCCAGCAGCACCGCAGGUGCCACCGUCUUGCCAGCCGCCACCAAAGCAGCCUCGGGCUCUGGCCCCUGCAGUGGCGCCGGGGAGGGCAGCCUGGGGGGCCAGCGGGGCCUGCCGCCCCCGGCCCCCGAGCCCUUCCCCUUCCUGGGCCAGGAGCAAGUGCUGCCCUUCGGAGGCUCCCUGCCCCCUGGCCUCCUCCAGGGCGGCUUCCUCGGCUCCUUACCCUUCUCCCUGGCCCUGAGCCAGCCACAGCUGCUGGGCUGCCCGGGGCAGGGGGAGGCACCACUGCCCGCCCUGGGCCUGCCGGGCGAGCCCGAGGGGCAGGUGCUGCAGACUCUGCUCAUGGCCUCGCUGCUGCAGAGCCAGCCUCAGUCGCCCCUGCUGCCCCUGGGGGGCCUCGGCCUGCCUGGCUUGGACCUGCUCCAGCAGCCCAGCAGCCUCCUCCCGGCCCUGCUGCCCCUGCCGGACCCGCCCUGCCAGGGGGACCUCCCGGAUGGGCCCCUGCAGCCCCUGCUCUUCCCGGCGCUGCCCGCCUCGCCCGCCGUCUUAGCUUUAAACUCGGCUCUGCUGGCAGCCGGCCUGGCAGCCCCCGACACCCAGCCUGGCAUCGCCGGCUCCCCCAUGGCACCUACCUCGACUGGCACGAUGCCCACGACUACUGAGGCCCCCGAGCCCCCUGGCGCCUUUGGCAGUGCCCCAGUGCCCCCCAGCUCCUCCGGGAGGCUCCACCCGCUGCUGCCCCCGCUGGUCAGCCCGCUGCUGAGUGCCGCGCUGCUGGGUGACCUGUCGGCGCUGGGCCCUCUGGGGGCCGCCGGGGGCCCCAUGCUCCAGAGCCAGCCGCAGUUGCUGCCUCCUGCCCUCCCAGCGCCCCUGGGCUUCCAGCUCUUCCAGGCCCAGCCCCCCGUCCUGAGCCCACUGGGCAGCUCCAGCCCCCUGGCCUGCCUCCUGCAGCUCAGCCCCGGGUUCAGCGCCCCUGAGAAGCCAGCGCCGGCACCAAGCGAAGGCCCCUCCCCGAACCCGCCCAGCGUCCCGGAGCCCGAGCCGCCAGCCCCCUUCACCCCCUUCUGCACGGACGCUGCCCCUCCUGCGCUGCCAAGUGCCUUAGACUCCCCUGCAGUGCCCAGGGCCACAGACUGCCCGGCCACAAGCCCCCUGGAGCCAGCCGGGCCGGGCCAGCAGGGAGCGCUGGGCUUUGCCACCCCCGUGGGGCAGCUGGAGAGAGGCGCCGCAGGACCCCCCUGCUGCAGGACCCCCCUGAAACGGGCCCGGCACAGCGGGGAGGGGCUGAAUGGCAACAUCCCCCCCCGGGCAACGCCCCGCAGAACGAAGAGCGCCUGCCGUGGGGCCAGGCGAGGCCGUGGGGCCUGGGGGAGCCGGCGGCACUUCAAUGGGCAGGCGGGUGAGCCGGGCGAGAAGGCAGCACCCUCGGGGCACCUGCCCCACCCGGCCUGGAGAUGCAACGGUGAGAUCCCGGUGCCAGGCACGGCCAGCCCGCUGGCCCCCAGCAAAGCAGAGGAGAUAAAGGUACGGAACAGGGGGCCCCUCUGGGCAGGGCAGGGGCCCGGGCAGAGCCAGGGGGGGAGCCAGUGCUGUGCCCGACCCAGCCACGUCCUUUGUCUUUGCAGGGGAACCCUGGGAGGCUGCGCCCAUCACGCCGGGGCCGGAGGAGGAAGGUCAGUGCCCCCCGGCCUAGCACCCGCCUGGAGACACCACGAGCGAGGGGCCCAACCGCUGAGCCAGGCUCCGUCCCCACUGAGGACGGUCCCCCCGGGCGGCGCCCCCGACCUGGCCGCCCUGCCAAGAACCGCCGCAGGAAGCUGGUGACGUAGCCUUGGCCCAGAGGUACCCGGGGAGGUGAAGCCGAGCAAGGCCCGGCCACCCACAGCCAGGAACGAGCCCCCACUGGGGGUGCCCUGUGGACAGUGGGGGGGCCCAGAGCAGGUGCCGUUGCUGGCAAUGGGCACUUCCCUCUCCGCCCAGCAGGAGGCAGUGCUGGGCCAUGGCCUGCCAAAGCACUUCUGAAGCCAUUCUGCAAUACAGUGAAAUGCCAGGGAGGUGUGGCAGCGCUACGGGGGGGCACGAGCCUGUGCUGCCCCCAGACUGGGGCUAGGGCUCCCAACUGCUGCCAUUCUGCCCCCCCCCUCGGUAGCAAGGCUGGGGGGGAGGGCUCCUCCCCUACCUCAGGCCUGCGGGUCUCAGCAGGGCCAGGAAUGCCUCAGGGGUUAGCUUACCGCACGUCCCGCUCACCAAAAACCUCCCUGUGCCCCUCGCCGGGGGGCAAUGGUACAAAGCAAUAAGCGUGGCCCCAGCCCAGGCACAGGCAGAGCCCGGGGGUGCCUGGCCUGGGACGCCGGCUGGGGCAUGGGGCGAUCCAGGCCCCAGCCCCCUUUCUCCUUGUUUUGAACUCCUCCGAGAACACUCAGGUCUGGUGGCUGGCGGGGCCCGGCCGCAGCGCCAGCGCCACCCACCCACCCACACUACGGGCUCCCAGGCUGCUGGUGGGAAUUAUGCAAAGCGGGGGCUGGGCCCUGCCCCCCCUCACCGACAGGGGCCUUGCUUUUGUAGAUGCUGGAACUGGCGCUUUUCCAUGGGAGUCACUUAAUUUAACAGCUGGGGGCCAAGCGCCGCUGGCUCUUCCGCGGGGAUUUGGGGUGUUUUGUAUCAAUUUAUUAAAAUGUGUAUUUAAAAGC